AACUGAAUAGACGAUCUAUGGCCGUGAUGCGUCACUACCCUCCCGGUCUGGUCAGCCUCCAGCCACUGCAGCCAGACUCUUGUCUGUGCCAUGUGAGAGUGGAGCCAGUCUCUGAGAGGAACUGCCAAACAACGUGCUGGCCUCUUUCAGUACGAGCAGUGUCCUGUACUGACCUGAGAAGUGAUCCAGGAACAACAAUUACAUGAGGACACAUUCGGAGCCCGUCUUACAAGAUUUUGUGCAACUUUAAACUCAUGUUAAGCCUAGACUUGAAUUAUGAGCGCAAAGGAUUAAAGAUCAUCUGGCUUGUUAAACUCAUGUUCCCAGGCUGGACUUGGUCUUGUAUCUGACUCUGAACCGCUUCAGGAAAACAAAAACAAUACAGGAAAUAUACAUGCCUACCUUUUGUGAGCCUGUCCAGAAAGCAUUCGAUGCCUCGUCUCCUCCAAGAGUGGCUUGCCAUCGUUCUCCUUGCUGAUAUUUGAGCUUGGCUCGCAGUGAUGAUUGCUGUUGCUCAGCGGCAAGAGCAGUUAGCAAGAACUUCCUGUCCAAAACUGUUUGGGAAAUUCCCAGGCUCGUCCAAUUCAAGCUGACGUCUCCAAAACCUCGUGUCUUUUCAAAGGAAAAUAAUUUGUCUUGUUUUGGAGUGUUAGACCCAACAAAUCCCCACCCUGGGACCGAGGGAGCCCACAGGCUUGCUGCGACGCGGCCAUGCCUCUCGCUGUGUCGGUCAACAUCGACCCAAAGACUGUUGCGACUGUUCAAGUGCCUUUUUCUAACCAAGAACGCACCAAACUUCCGGCCUCCUCAUCUGCUCAGGAGCAAGCGGACUUAACCAAGAGCCAAUCCGCAGCCAUGCCAAGACAGCCACCAAAGUUUAAUGGCAUUCCAAGUGCAAUCAAGUCAGCGGGGGCGAAGCCCAUUGGCAGCAGCGCCAUGGACACAGGCGACCAUUCUGCUUCCGCCCUCAAAAGGGAAAUCCUGAACGGCCUGAGCGGUGACAACUUGGAACCAGUCCAAAGACCUCCCUCUAUCCAAAUGAAUAAGUCCGAGCUUGAAACUACAAAACUUUCCUUAACACCUUCAGUGCCUCCCGUAUGCCUUGCUCCUUUUGAACUCCAAGGGGCAAAGAUGAGAAAGGAUGCCCCCAGCCUUGACGCCAAAGUGGAAAUGAGCAAGAGCCUUCCGGUGCCUAAUUCCAACCAGCGGAACGCAGCAGCAAAGUUCUGCCAGACACAACAUGGUCAUGUUAAAUCAGCUGCAGUUAACAAUCCUCUUCAAGUCAUAGGUGUUUGUCCACUGCUAGUUAGUGGUAAGCUUCAAACGGCGACAGCCUUGGAUGCAAACAAAUUCCCACAAAGUGUGCUGGACAGAAAUGGAACUGUAUGUGGGAAGCUCAAUGGUCACAUGCCAAAUGGCCUCAAUGUCAUUGCCACACAAAAGGAGAAGCUUGGGGUGACGAAGAACCUCCCAGGCGCUUUGAUGGGCUCUGUCACCACCAAGAUCUCUGCCAUCCACCUGACCAAGCAGGCACAAGCCGCCUGUGUCCCUUCUAUGUGCUUGUCCUCCACUCCCUCUCAGUCUGAGGCCAGCGAUGAUGGCUCAGAGUACGUCAUGCAGGUUGACAGCAACGUUGAGGAGGAACUGCCUUACGAGUUGGAGAACGCCUGCAGCGAUGAUGAUUGUUCUGAGUCAUCCUCUGUCAAUGUUACUUCAUCCGCUCAGUCUCUUCUGCGCCUGUCUGGUGUUAAAGAACCCAUGUCGUUGGAGGUGGAGGAUAAUCAGGGGAAGAAACAGGCUCUCAUUCCCAGCCUGUUCCCGCUCAUCCCUCCCACACUCUAUUUCAGUACUGCCAAUGAACAAGUUGAAAUGCUCCCUGAUGAGCAAAUGCAACUUUUAAAAUGGAAGAUUAGCAGUGUCACACCCAAUGUUGUGAAAAACGCCAUCGCCAGGUCGCACUUCAUACAUACCAAGAAAAGCAAUGACUGGUUGGGCUGCUGGGGCCACCACAUGAAGUCUUCUUGUUUCAGAACUCUUCAAGAGCACCAGAAGUUGAACCACUUCCCGGGAACAUUCCAGAUUGGCAGGAAGGACCGGCUGUGGAAGAAUCUGUCCAAGAUGGCGUGUCGCUUCGGCAAGCAUGAGUUCAACUUUUUCCCACGCACGUUUGUACUUCCUCAGGACAUCCUGCAGCUACGCAAGGCCUGGAAGGAUGGGUCCAGACAGAAGUGGAUCAUUAAACCUCCCGCCUCAGCCAGAGGAACAGGAAUCCAAGUCAUUCACAAAUGGAGCCAGAUGCCGCGCAAGAAAUCAUUUCUGGUCCAGAAGUAUCUCCACAAGCCCUACCUCAUAAGUGGCAACAAGUUUGACCUGCGCAUCUAUGUCUAUGUGACAUGCUACGACCCUCUCAGAAUAUAUAUCUUCUCAGAUGGACUGGUCCGCUUCGCUAGCUGCAAAUAUUCGUCCUCCAUGAAGACGCUGAGUAACAAGUUCAUGCAUCUGACCAACUACAGCGUCAAUAAGAAAAAUUCUGAGUACCAGGCCAACAGCGAUGACAAAGCCUGCCAGGGACAUAAAUGGACUGUGAAGGCCUUGUGGCAGUAUCUUGGCUCCAGGGGAGUAAACACCAUCUUGAUUUGGGAGAAGAUAAAAGACAUUGUCAUCAAAACAAUAAUUGCGUCAGAACCAUACGUGAACUCUCUGCUCAAGAUGCAUGUACGCACACCUUACAGUUGCCAUGAGCUGUUCGGUUUCGAUAUCAUGCUAGAUGAAAACCUGAAACCUUGGAUCCUGGAGGUCAACAUUUCACCCAGCCUCCAUUCCAACACAGCGCUGGAUGUUUCCGUCAAGGGGCAAAUGGUCCGAGACCUCUUGAACCUGGCGGGCUUUCAUAUUCCUCAAAGAGAAGAUGUGGUCAUCUCAAGUGGAAGCACCUCCAGCUCCAGUAGCAGUGUAAGCAAGGAGUCGCCCAAUCUGGAGAUCUCUGUUGACGAGAAGGUCAAACGUGCCUUUUACCUCAAGCAGCGCUUUGCUGACCAGGGAAUCUUGGCGACAGUGUUGGAUGUUUUGACUCCCAACGAUGUCCGCACGCUCGCCGAGAGCGAAGAUGAGUUGAGCCGCCGCGGGGAGUUUGAGCGCAUUUUCCCGUCGCAGUCGUCAUCCAGAUACCUGCGAUUCUUUCAAUGUCCACGGUACCUCAGCAUUGUGUUGGACCAGUGGGAGCGCAAGUACUGGAACAACAGGACAAAAGGUGUCAAUCUGCUCAGGCCUUUGUGUCAGAAGGGAGUCCAUCUUGGUACCACUGAUCCCGCUCACAUGUGGUCCAAGUGUAGCUACAUAUCCAAAUUUGAACACCACAGAGAAGCACCUGUCAACCCUUCUAAAUCCAGGGUGGUGGUCAUCCACCAACACCAGUCGGAUCACAUGGAACUGGAUGAAGGCUCAGACGGGGACACCUUUUUUGCCAGUUCGCCCACUUUGCAAAGUCCCUCAUCCAGUGCCGACAGCAGUGCCUGUGCCAGUCCUCAGCCCAGCCUAUGAGGCCUUCCCACAUGCUCACCUCAUGCUCAGGGUCUUCUACUGCUAUUGCUAAAGUCCUCCCCUCGGAUCACUUCGAGCAAGAUCCAAACCCACAAUUCAGAUCAUUUUAUUCUAACUGUUGGUUGUUGGUACCCCCCCAAAAAAAGGGUUCCAAACAUGCAAUUUUGACAACCUACUACAAUUGUGUUAGUCACAUAUAUACUAAAAAAAAACAAAAAAACACACACGAUAGUAUUUAAUCUGGCCUGCCGUGCAAUUCUAAAAACAAGUACAUACAUUUAUUGUACUAUUAUUAUUAUUAUUGAGUUUUGUCACACUCUUCUUUGACGUGUUUAAAAGCCCCUAAAACAAAAUGCUUGAAUACAUCACUUGAACUGUGAUGAUGCUUGUUGGAGUGAGAUUUAAUGGUUGUCAAACUGUUCAAUGAUACGGAACGCGGUCUAUUCCGACCACACUUAGUGCUUUAUAUUAGGAGUGAAUGUUUACAUUUGAAGUGAUUUCCUGGCAUUUUAGAGGGCUGGCAUCAAAUCCAGAAUCGCACUUUAUCGGUUCCUGUAAAAGUAGCCUUUGUGACCUGCCAGUUGUUACUUUUAAUAAUAGUCAAACUAUAAUCCCUGGAAACCUCUAAACUAAUCAGUCCUGUUUGCAAAGGUUUAUGAGAGUUUGAAUGUUGAAUAGACACUGUGUGGAUGCGAUAGGAUGCUUGUUACUUUUGGAGCAGAACAACUAAGAAGCUGUUAAAUUACAAUGAGGAUCUGGAUAAAGGAUAUAUUUUCACCCUUUUUGAAUAACGUCCCCCCACCCCCAGAAUGAUAAUGGCACCACCAGUCAAUGAACCAGGAAGUAGCCUGAUAGCUAACAAACAGAUAAGCAAACAUAUAAAAUGCGUCACAACAUUUUGUAUACAGUUUGGCUUGGGUGGAGGUCUGCACAACAUGCAUGCACGCAUACAUACAUACAUACAUACAUGUAUAAACGCACACGUAGGUCUUGAUAGAGUAGGGAUGGUGUCAAACAAAAACGUCCACAUUUUGUGAAUUUUUGACCACAGAAAACUCUCUGAUUUUUGUUGGGCCAUAGCUCAAAUAACAGAACUAAUUGUAGCAUAAGGUUUUUGCACAGUGUAUGACAUGUUUUACAAGGCCUAGUACCAUCAGAGUCUGCAUGAAUGGUUCUUUACUGGAUUAGCUAUUCAAUCUACCUCUCAGAUUAAACUUGAUUUAUUCUGUUUUUUUUUCAAAAGGAAAGCA